AUGCAUCCCCAUCAACACCAGCAGCAUCAACAUCAUCAUCAACAGCAGCAACAGCAACAGCAGCAGCAACAGCAACAGCAGCAGCAACAGCAGCAGCAGCAGCAACAACAACAACAGCAACAAACGAUGUAUGUUGCACCACCGCAAGCAAAUGUGUUAUUUUAUCCAUAUAAUCAACUACAAUCAAUGCAAGCUGCAUAUCCAAAUCCAGGUCUUGCAUCUAUCAGAUAUAUACAAGCGCCAAGAGAGCAACAAAAACAGAAAUAUCGAAGUGAUCAAUUAGUACCACGUUCAUCACCACCAGUAACAUCACCUAUUCAACAACAAAUUCAACGUUCAAGUCCAAUUAAUAUGGCACCAAUGUCAUCACCAAAUAUGUGGAUGAAUAAUACGACAUUACAAAAUCCAGCAUUAUUUCGACCUAUUAUUCGUACAAUAUCAAAUGGAAAAAUUGAUGAUAAAACUCAUGUUCCUAAUACAAAUAAUAAUGUUGGAAAUGUUACUGCUGCACCACCACUAGCUAUGUCAUUUGAAUCUCCUAAAUUAUGUCGUCAUCAUCAACAUCAUUCAAAACGACAAUCAUCAUCAGACAAUCGUCAACAACGUCAACGACUUCAUAGUGGUUCAAGUUGUUAUGAAUCUGAUUCACCUCUUUCUAGUGAAAAUGAAGAUGCAUCUGAGUCACGUCAAACAAAUUCCAAGUCAUUGGCAUUGGUAUCAUUGUCAACAAAAAAACGACGGCAUUCAUUAGGUCGAGCCGAAUUAACGAAAAGUAAACAAAGGUCAAAAGAUAAUCAUCUCUUAUUAUUUAGUGUUAAUUAUGGAGGUUUUUCAACUAUGAAUCCAAGUUCUUUAUCAAGUACAAAUCAUACAUCGUUAACCAAAUCUAAUAAUAGUUCACUUUCUCGUCCUAAACUUCUACAAUAUAUUGAAGAAAAUGUUAUUGGAAAAGAUUAUAUCUUUCAAGGACCAUGGGGUUUAAGACGAAUGAUCUAUUGUGAUUAUACAGCAUCGGGUCGACCAUUAUUAUUUAUUGAAAAUUAUAUCAAAAAUGCUGUAUUACCUUUAUAUGGUAAUACACAUAGCGAAACCAGUUUAUGUGCACAACAAUCAACAAAAUUUCGUGAAGAAGCUCGUCAUAUAAUUAAAAAAUCUGUUAAUGCAAAUGAUGAUGAUGUUUUAUUAUUUACUGGUACUGGUUCAACAGGUGCUGUUCAUACACUUGUUGAUUAUUUUGAUCUUCAAGAUGAAACAAAUAAAAAAAAUACAGUCGUUAUUAUUAGUACAUUUGAACAUCAUAGUAAUAUUUUACCAUGGAAAGAAACAGGAGUUGAAAUGGUUCGAAUAGCAACAACACAACAAGGUAUACUUGAUAAAGCAGUCUUAGAAGAAAAAUUACAACAUUUUUCGAAAUUAAACAAACGUAUUAUCUGUUCAUUGAAUGCUGCUAGUAAUAUAAGUGGUAUUUUAACUGAUGUUGAAGCUAUAUCAACACUUGUUCAUGAACAUUCGGGUUUUGUUCUUUGGGAUUAUGCAACAGCUGCACCCUAUGUUAAAAUUGAUAUGAAUUCAUCACCAACAGCAUAUAAAGAUGCAAUAUUUAUUUCCACACAUAAAUUUGUUGGUGGACCGGGCACACCUGGUUUAUUAAUUGCAAAAAAGAAUUUAUUUAGUUUAAAAGCUCCGAAAUCAUGUGGUGGUGGUACAGUUAAUUUUGUAACACGUACAUGUCAUGAAUAUAAUCAUAAUAUUGAAAUUCGUGAAGAAGGUGGUACACCAGAUAUAGUUGGUUGUAUACGUGCUGGACUUGUUUUUCAAUUAAAAGAUUCGAUUGAUAUGAACUAUUUACUUUCACGUGAAGAUGAACUUUGUAAACGCUUUUAUCGACGUUUUAAAAAAAAUGACACAUUAAUACUACUUGGUUCACAAACAGCUCCACGUUUACCAAUAUUUUCAUUUCUUAUAUAUGUACCAGGUGUAUGCAAAUAUUUACAUCAUAAUUUUGUUUGUCUCUUAUUAAAUGAUCUAUUUGGUAUACAAGUUCGAUCAGGUUGUGCAUGUGCUGGACCUUAUGCACUUGAUUUAUUAAAUAUUGAUGAUGUUAAAACAGAUAUUUAUUGCAAGUUUAUGACAGAAGAUGCUUGUGCUCGAGGAAGUGAUCAAAUUGUUCGAACUGUGAUGAUGAAACCGGGUUUUACACGUCUAAAUUUAUCAUUCUUUGCAAAUGAUUAUGAAGUUGAAUAUAUUCUUCAUGCUGUUCAAUUCGUUGCAACAGAAGGAUGGAAAUUUUUACCACUAUACACUUAUAAUCCUGUUACAGCUGGUUGGAGUCAUCGUAGUGGUUUUCCAUUAGCUCAAUCAAGUCUUGCCGAUAUUACAUAUAAAUCUGGUAAAAUGCAAUAUUUUGGUAAUAAAAAACGUUCAAUACCUGCUCGUGGAGAGAAAAUGGUACAUGAUCCAUUUCGUGAAGCUAAAUUAAUGGCUGCUGAUGCUGUACGUCGUGCAUUUGAUGCAAUUGAUUAUACAUCUGAUCCACCAUUAAAUGUUCCGGAUAACUAUAAACAUAUGAUUUGGUUUACAUUACCAAUUGAUAUUGCUCUAAUGAUGAUUAAACAAAAAGAUAGUGCAGAAGAUUUAAAUUGUAAUAUUAAUUCAAUUCCAUUUAUGCCAACAGAUGCAAAGGAAAAACUCAUCAAUUCACCUAAAACAAGUGAAUUAUCAAAUACUAGUGAAACUCGGAAGAAACAUAAUUCUGUUCGUGGUACAUCAUCGAUUCGUGUUCGGUGA